GAGUAGUUGAGUGGAAGUCAAGGCUGAAUGGUCGUUGUAUUAAGUCUUUUUUUUUCCUUCUCAUUCUUUAAUUCACAUCGAAGUUUGGAGGCAAGAAAAUAAUAAUUGAAACUUCAUCUUUGCACAUAAGUUGUUCUGCUUUUGAGACGAUCACAUCGUUAAUCGUUUACAGAUCUCAUAAUAAAUUGUGAGAGGAAAUAGAAUAUCCGUGAAAGUGAAAGUUGUUUUAAAAAUAUUUAUUCGUAUUUUUGAAAAGACAAAGACUUCAAAAUGGAUAUUUUAUUGGAACAAGAAUCGAAUAUGAACACACUUGCAGCAUUAUCAACGAUAGCUGUUUCAAAGACUGAUAGCAAUCACACUGCAAUAAACAAGCAUGUUCAAACUGAAAGUGUUAAGAGAACUCCUGAUGUCGAUGACUUCAAAAAUGCACCCGCCGGAGCGUUCAACAACUUGCCACCUUUAGAACCGGUUGAAAUUUAUUUUAAAGAUUUAUCCUAUUCGGUGCAAAAAAUGUUUUCAAAAACCAAAAAAGAAAUUCUUCACAAGGUCAGCGGAACAUUUCCGAGUGGAAAUUUAAUUGCAAUUAUGGGACCGAGUGGAGCAGGCAAAUCGACUUUAUUGAAUGCUUUAUCAGGAUAUAAGCAAAAAGGUGUCAGUGGAGCUGUGUAUGUGAAUGGCAGAGUUAGGGAUUUAAAUGAAUUCAAAAAAUCAACAUCAUACAUAACGCAAGAUGACAGUCUUCAGCUUUUACUAACUGUGUAUGAGAAUAUGAAAAUUGCAGCUGAUUUGAAGUUGGGAAAAUUUGAAAGUGACUACAACAAGAAAGUUCGAAUUAACAAUAUUCUUACUGCUUUGGGACUUUUCGAUCAUCAAUUAACAAUAACAGAAAGGUUGUCGGGAGGACAGAAGAAGCGUCUUUCCGUGGCACUUGAACUGAUAAAUAACCCAACAGUUCUUUGGCUUGAUGAACCCACAACUGGCUUAGACUCGUUCUCUUGUUGGCAAAUGAUUACAUUGCUUAAGCAACUGGCGCAACAGGGUCGAACUGUUAUUUGCACGAUUCAUCAACCAUCAGCAAAACUAUUUGAAAGAUUUGAUUUGGUUUACGUGCUCGCAUAUGGCCAAUGCCUAUAUCAGGGCCAUUCAUCAAAACUCGUUCCAUUCUUUCAAUCUGUUAACUUGCCAUGUCCCAUGUUUCAUAAUCCAGCUGACUAUGCAAUUGAAUUAGCUUCGGGUGAAUAUGGAAUGGACAAAGUCAACACACUUUGUCAUUCUAUCGCUAACGGCGAGAGUCUGGCAUGGUUUGAAAAUCCUCAUAAAAUGAUGAAAAUGGAACAAAUGCGGCAUAAAAAUCCUACACCCAUCAAGCGUUCUGAUUUUAUAGAAAUCAGCGAAUUCUACCAGUUCAAAGUUCUGAUGCAACGUGGACUGAUAAAAAUAAAACGUGAUCAGACACUGACUCAUUUACGAAUAGCUGUCAAUAUCAUUGUAGCGGCUUUACUUGGAUGGCUUUUCAUUGGAUCUGGCAAUGAUGGAAGUCGAGUGUUAGCAAAUUAUAAUCUUUUGUUUUCAAUUCUCAUGCACCAUAUGAUGACACCAAUGAUGUUAACAAUUCUGACAUUCCCUACUGAGAAGUCAACAAUUAUAAAAGAAAACUUCAACAGGUGGUACACUGUGAAAACUUAUUAUUUAUCAACAACCGUCGUCGAUCUUCCAAUAUCAAUUUUCUGCUGUUUAAUUUUUUCAAUCAUCAUCUACGUGAUGACGGGAUGGCCGAUGGAAGUUCAAAGAUUUUCAAUUUUUUUCAUUGUUAGUCUGUUGAUUGUGUUCGUCGCUGAGACCGUGGGACUCAUCAUAGGAUCGUGCUUUAAUGUGAUUAAUGGAACCUUCAUCGGUCCAGUAUUUUCAGUACCUUGUAUGAUGUUCGCUGGCUUUGGAGUGACAUUGAGAGACUUACCAAGUUAUCUGAAGUGGGGAUCUUAUAUAAGUUAUCUAAGAUAUGGAUUAGAGGGAUAUGUUGGAGCUCUCUUCUACAAACGCGAGCAGCUUGAAUGUAAUGUUUUAUACUGUCACUACAGAUAUCCCGACAAGUUCUUAAAAGAAAUUGCAAUGGAAGGGGAUCAGUUUGUAACCGAUAUUAUUGCUCUCAUUAUUACGCUUGUUUUUCUAAGAUUUGUUUGUUUUUUCAUUCUCAAAUGGAGAAUUGUCCUCAAUCGAUAGAAAAAAAAAAAUGGUUUCAUGCACGAUUUCAUCUUCACAAUUAAUUGAGGUUCUUUUUAUUAUUCUGGGACUUGUGUAAAUAAUUGAACUUCAAUAUUACCUUUGAGGCUUUCAUUUGUUUUUCUUCGCUUGAGAUUACAUAUCUAAAGUUUUUUUUUACCAAAUCAACUUCUGAAUAAAAGAAAUUUACUAAUGGAUAAUAAAGUUUUUGAACAUGUCAAAUUAAAAUUCACGAAUCAGAAUGGUGUUAAACGACCCGUGAAAAAAAGUUUAAUUUUUGAUUUUAGGAAACUUUUUCCAUUCAAGAAUGAGGAAAAGUGAUUUGAACCAUUCAACAGCACUUUGAAAACCUUUCAUUGAAAGCUUUUUUCUGCGUAUUAUGCGCGUGAAAUCGAAAGCUUUCACUUCAAAAUAAUCUCA